GGAAGUGUAUAAUAGAAUGUAAUUUCCAACGAGCAAAACUUAUUAUAAUUAAUUUUUAUAAAAUACAAACUGAUAUUUACUCUGCAAAAAUUGAAAAUAUAAAUCUAGUAAGUAUCACAUUGAAAUAAGUUAACGUAAUUGCGCGCCAAUCAAAUUUCCAUGAUUCUUUCCAGAGACUGUAAUUCUAACCUAACCUUAACCCUAUUCUAACCCCAACCUUUACCAUUCUAAAGUCCCUACAUCCAGUGUUACCAAUAACAACAGCAUGGCUCAGGAACAGGACAAAAAGAUGUUCAUAUACCAAACAAUAUAUCAUGCCUUUUGCCAUUUAUACUAAUUGUAAAUGUUUCACUUGCGAAGCAGUUUGAACUUUCCAUAAGAAUCCAUUUAAAUCGCUAGUGGCACUAUUGAUUGUGGUUCGUAUCGGAGGAAGCGUCUACCGCUUGACAGUCGGCUAUUAGAAAUGUUUGUAGUAUAAAGUGUUUUUAUGAAUGACAUUAACUAAAUAAGUUUCCAAAGUUAUAAUCACGUUCCUCCUAACCUCAUUCUUGGGUUACUAUAUGAAUUAUAUAGUUUAAUUUUACGUAGUCAAACUUUAUUAGAAAUAAUUGUUCAUAAUGUCAGACGACGAGGAUUUGGUUUAUGUAAAGAAGCAGAAAACUGUUCAUUAUGGAUCGCUCGAGGAAGUCGAACGCGCAAGAUUGGCCGCGGCAGCCGAAUCUUCCGAGGAAGAAAAAGAUUCUACGAAUUUGGGCGAGAGCAUCAAUGCCGCCGUUACUUUGGCAAAUGUGCAUAUAUCUAAUGAAUAUAUGGAACUUGAAGAUGAAAUGUCCAAAGAUAGACAAGCCCUCUUAGAGGAGUUCGAGCGUCGAAAAAAAGCGCGCCAAAUUAAUGUUUCCACUGAUGACUCGGAAGUAAAGAAAAACUUAAGACAAUUAGGCGAACCUAUUUGCUUAUUUGGCGAGGGGCCUGCUGAUAGAAGAACAAGAUUAAGAGAGUUACUGGCCAACCUUGGUGAAGAUGCAAUUAAAAAGAAGCACGAAGAAGAUGAGAAACCUUUGCAUCCGAUAGAAAGAGAUACUGAGACAACUUGGUAUCACGAGGGACCUGAAUCUCUUCAGAUAGCACGUUCAUGGAUCGCUGCAUAUUCAUUGCCUAGAGCAAAGGGUAGAUUGGACAAAGCAAGGCAAGACUUAGAAUUACCAGCGGCUACCCGUACAGCACGCCGUCAAGAGCUUCUGAAGAAAUUACAAGCACUCACGAUUUACUGUUCUCAGAUUGGCGAUACCAGGCCAAUUUCGUAUUGUCAGUUUAGUUCAAAUUCCAAAUUGCUGGCAACAGCUUCGUGGUCAGGUUUAUGUAAAUUAUGGUCUGUACCUGACUGUACUCUGUUAAGAACCCUUAAAGGGCAUACUUGUAAUGUUGGCUGCAUUGUUUUUCAUCCAAAAGCUACUGUUACUGAGGAUGUGGUAGGGGAGAAAGCAGGACAGACUUGUGUAUUGGCAUCCUGUGCUGCUGAUGGAUCAGUGAAAUUGUGGAGCGGUGGGUCAGGCGAAGAACCUCUAGCUGAAGUCGAAGGACACGAGCCGCACAGAGUUUCGAGAUUAGCAUUCCAUCCUUCUGGUAGAUUUCUUGGAACAUGCUGUCACGAUGCUUCGUGGAGACUUUGGGAUUUAGAGCAACAGGCAGAGGUUUUACACCAAGAGGGUCAUGCUAGAGCUGUGCAUUGUAUUAGUUUCCAGUGUGACGGCAGCGUAAGCGCCACUGGUGGACACGAUUCCUUUGGUAGAGUGUGGGAUCUUCGCACGGGAAGAUGUAUUAUGUUUAUGGAGGGUCAUUUGAAGUCUAUUUUUGGUAUCGAUUUCUCUCCUAAUGGGUUUCAUAUAGCGACCGCGAGCGAAGAUAACACGUGUAAAAUAUGGGAUUUACGAAAGAGAUCCUGCGUGUACACGAUACCAUCUCAUACGAAUCUAUUAUCAGAUGUUAAAUAUCAGAGGAUAGAAGGACAGUAUUUAGUUACAGCCUCAUAUGACAACACUGCCAAGAUAUGGUCGAACAAGACCUGGCAACCUCUGAAAACCUUACCAGGCCACGAUGGUAAAGUGAUGUCUGUUGAUAUUUCUCCUGACCACAAAUUUAUCGCGACUACUUCUUACGAUAGAACGUUCAAGCUCUGGGCGCCAGAAUGUAUGUAAAAAGAUUUCUACGGAAACAAAUAUUUGACUAUGCUGUUUCUGAUACUGUACUGUACGGAAAUAGUUCACUUUUGUAUGACGGGAGAAUGAAUAAACAUUUAUUCUUAAUCGCCCAUUCCUAUUUCGUAUGUUUUCAUAGAUAAAGGAAUUAUUAUCGGUAUUAUUAUUCCGUUUGAUUCGCUAGCUUUAAGAUACUAUCGUAUCAAUUGUUUUAGCUGGUAAAAAAUGAACAAAGCGUACCAUGAUAACCUGUAUAAAAAUUGAAACAUUCCAUUGGUUCUGAUAAGAAAUAUUCGGCGUUGAUAUUGUUGACCGAAAUUUUUAAGCUUUUCAAUACUAUUCACGGAAAUUGUGCUGGGUUAUUCGGUCAAUCGUCAGAAUCGGACUUUGCACUUAUAGCUUCAUUAUCUACGUGCAGUUUUACGUCACAGUUGAUAAAUAUAAUUAUAAAUAAUCCCACAUAUCAUUUGUAAUUUGAAUUACAACAAUCACAACUGAGUUUUAUUCCGAUUUUCAUAAAAUUCAUUGGAAGUAUUUUCUGGACUCUUUAUCGUACUGGAAAGGCUUAAAAUUAUCGGUGUAUCACAUAAUAUUUCUUAUUAGUUUUGCAUUUUUCGAAUGUUUUAAUGAUAUAAAUAAAAAUAUAACAAGCGUUGAUAAAGUCAACGUUGCUCUUGCGGUGGCAUCGCCGCAAUUUUAAA